UGCUCUCUUCAUUCUAAUGCUCUCUCUCUCUCUCUUCACCAUCAGAUCUUUUUCCUUUUUAACCUAAACCCAAACUCAAAACUUUCUGGGGUUUUUUCAAAGGUUGUAAAAGUUGAGAUUCUUUCUACCCAGAAAUGGGUUGUGCACAGUCAAGAGUAGACAAUGAAGAGUCGGUUUCACGGUGUAAGGACCGCCGGAAUCUGAUGAAGGAGGCGGUCGUCGCACGCAAUGCCUUUGCCGCUUCUCAUUCUAGUUAUGCCAUCGCCUUGAAGAAUACGGGCGCCGCUCUAAGCGACUACGGCCAUGGCGAAUCUGACUAUUCUCUUCACCAUGACCAACAACAAAACCAGCCAAUGGACUCAACUCCUCAACCCCCUCCCCCUCCUCCGAUUGACAACCUCCCUCCCCCUCCUCCCCCACUCCCUAACUUCUCCCCCAGCCCCAUCAAGCGAGCAAUCAGCAUGCCUGCCAUUCCUAUCAACACCCGGAAGCCGGGUUCGCAUCUACAUUCUGCUGCAAUCACGGAGGAAGAAGAGGAGGAGGAGGAGAUUGAACGACAAGAAGAAGAACAGGGAGAUGAUAGCGAGAGGAAUAGGAAGAGUGAGUUUGGAGGAGGGACUCACAUGGAGGCUAAGAUGCCGCUUCAGGAGGUGACCCCUCAGAAAAACAUGGCUUGGGAUUAUUUCUUCGUGGUGGAUAACAUGCCUGGACCGAGCCUCGUCGAUGGAGGAAUGGAAAACGAAAAUCGAAAUGUUAAUGAGGAGAGCGUACAAUUUACUGGGAUUCCUGAUAUGGGUGUUGGUAACAGUGAUGAAAUGGAGCCGAAGACCCCGGAAAAAGGGAGGGAGGAGAAGGAUGAGGACGAAGAGGAGGAGAUGGAGAAUGGAGUAAACAAGGAGAAGCAGAAGAUCGAGCACUCGAAAACAGCGCCACCGGAUUUCAGGAGGAUUGUGAAGGGAGUUUCGGGCCUGAAUUUGGUGAAGGUUUUGACUGAGAUCGACGACCAAUUCUUGAAAGCUUCAGAGAGUGCUCAGGAAGUGUCAAAGAUGCUCGAGGCCACUAGGUUGCAUUAUCAUUCCAAUUUUGCUGAUAAUCGAGGUAACUGGGUGAUGGAUCGCUCAGAAUUUGAAGCUUCUGAAUUUAAAUUUGAUUUGAAACUUCCCCCCCUUGCUAAAGAGGGAAGGAGGAUGGCUGAAAUGUGGGGAAAUAUGUGCGUGCACCAUGACAGCCAGCUUAAGAUUGUUUCAGAUCUCAAAUCAAUCGACAUAGCCCAUUCCCCCAAGGAAACAAGUAAGCAUCACCAUGAGCGCACUCAGCAACUUUUGAAUGUUGUACAAGAAUGGCACACACAAUUUGAGAAGCUUGUAACCCAUCAAAAACAAUACAUUCAAUCUCUUACUAGCUGGUUAAAGCUGAAUCUUAUUCCCAUUGAAAGCAACUUAAAAGAGAAGAUCUCAUCGCCACCAAGACUCCAGAAUCCCCCAAUCCAAGCCCUUCUCCGCACUUGGAAUGACCAUCUUGAAAAGCUUCCAGAUGAGGUUGCCAAAUCUGCAAUAUCCUCAUUUGCUGCUGUAAUCAAGACUAUAAUACUUCAUCAAGAGGAAGAAAUGAAGCUAAAGGAAAAGUUGGAGGAAACUAGGAAAGAGUUUUUGCGCAAGAAUCAGGUGUUUGAAGAAUGGUAUCAAAAGUAUCUGCAGCGAAGAAUGUCUGAUGAAACAGGUGAAGAGGCAAAUCCUAAUGAUCCUGUCUCGGAGAGAAAGUUUGUGGUGGAGAGCUUGAGGAAGAAGUUGGAAGAAGAGACUGAAGCUCACCAAAGACAUUGUUUGCAGGUGAGAGAGAAGUCUCUUGGUAGUCUUAAAAUUCGCUUGCCUGAGCUAUUUCGAGCCAUGUCAGACUAUGCUCACGCAUGUUCCGAUGCUUAUGAGAGAUUGAGAUCCCUCACUCAUUCCCAGAAAUCGAAUGGUGGUUCUAUCUAAAUUUGUGGUUGUAUUUGCUCAGAUCAUGUUCUCAACUGCAGUUUUGUAUGAAACAUGUUUUCCUUGCAGUGAGAUGGUAUUAGUCAUUAGCAAUCCUUGUUUGUUGUAUGGAGAAUGGUGGCCUGUAAAUUAUCUUCAGAGCUUAUUGAAUCAUGAAAAUUUGUUUUGAUUUAUGAA